AUGGCAUACUACAUCAUCCAGCUGAUUGCAGUCGUUCUAGGCGCUAUCGGCAUGAUUCUCACCAUUGUCGUCACAUCAAUGAUCCAGUGGAGGGCAUCAUACAUGGUAGAAGGAAAUGCUGCCAAUUGUGAUAAGCGCAUAGAUGGACAAUGGCUAAGCCGAUGGGAUGGCUUAUGGCUAACUUGUGUGACAAAGAAUGAAAACACCUUGAACUGCCACCCCUAUGACUCUUUAGUGAUUAUCACCACCGACCUAAAAGUUGGCAGAGUCCUGAUGUCCUUUGCAGUUGUGAUUUCCAUUAUUUCCUUCAUCAUUGCUGUUAUUUCUGUGAUAUGCAUCGGAUGCUGUAGAAUGGCACGAGAAGGAAGAUAUUGCCUGCUCUUAACUGCUGGAAUUGGUUACAUCAUAGCUGGUAUCCUUGUCUUAGUCCCAAUUGUCUGGACCACUGCCAGCAUCAUCCGAGACAUCAACAACCCAGUUUGCAAAACAAUGCAAAGAAUUGAAAUCGGUGAGGCUGUAUUCUUAGGUUGGCCUACUAUGUUCUUCCUCUUGGUUUCAGGAGCCUUGUUCUGUUGGUACCAACCUUAUGAUGAAGAUGUAUAUGAAGAAGACAAUUGCAAAACUAUCUAUUCCUCACACACAUCCUUACCAAGGCCAGUGUACGCACCAUGCCAAAGCCAGGAGAAAUCACAACGACAAAGUAUGUAUUCCAAAAGCCAAUACAUCUGA